AACAGUGAAGUGAAAGCUCUGCCUGGCCUAUACGGCAAUUGUCAGCUAAUAAUUCUUUUCCGCUUGAUAAGCUCUGGUAUGAAUCGAGGGGCCCAUAUAAAGGCUGUGCAGGCUGUCUCACAGUUACAUGAAGCUUUCAUGAGUUGAAAUACUUUCUGGGGACGUCUCUGGUGAUGUGGCUUUUGUGAAGAAAAUCUACCACCCAUUUCAGGCUCUCUCAGACAGUGGUUCUAUUUCAAGACAAGACACAGAGAGAAAAAAAAACAGGGAUAUAUUUCAUUGUUCCACACCAAGUUGAGCCAUGGGCGACGAAAAUAAGAUGAUGCCGCGUCCGCUUUUUCUGCGCGAGGACCACUUCCACGACUGGGCGAUGCCGAGCCGUCUCUUCAACAGAGAGCUUGAGUUUCCACCUUUCCUGGACAAGAGGGAUCUAAACUGGCUGGAGUGGGCGCAGAAGAGGCUGGCGGGGACCUCCUGGCCUGGGUACAGACACGGUCCUGUCAUAUCGCCUCCGGGAUCACACCCGAGCACCAGGGCUCAGUCACAAGUAACCGAGGGAACCUCAGAACUGGUCAUUGGCCAAGGGACCUGGAGAGUGUCUCUGGACAUCAAUCAGUUCACCCCUGAGGACAUCACAGUCAGGACAAAGGACGGCUACCUAGAAAUAACAGGUAAACACGAGGAGAGGCAAGAUGCACAUGGACUGGUUUCACGGUGCUUCAAUAGGAAAUACAGACUGCCAGCUGAAGUGGACACAGAAAACAUUGCCUGCUCCGUGUCACCAGGGGGCGUCCUCUCAGUGGAAGCACCACUGCCAGCCUCUGGCACCAGACGUGUAGAAGAAAUCGUCAUCCCUAUUCAGAUCCAGCAACAAUAGAUCACAGUCCUACACUCCUCAUCUUUCUCUGACUUUCUCUCCCUCUGAUUCUCUCUCUUUCUUACACACACACACACACACACACACACACACACACA